AUGUUUUUCCAGGGCAGCGACAGCAUCGAGCUCCUCACGGCGAGCGGGAAGGACCCGGCAGCACACUGGAAGACGUUGGGCAAGGUCCGGCGCGAGUUUGACAAGGCGUCCAAAGCGUACCUCAUGGUGCUGGACGGCCCCGCGGCCGCCACGAAACUUUCGCUGCCCAAGGAUACCAAGCCUCUGGGCCUUACGCACCGCUACGUGGUGCUGCAAGCGUGGCUGCCGAGCGGCAAGGCCAUCUCGCUCGAGCUCGGCGUCACGGACGUAGCCGGCAACCGCCGUCGGCUCCUCCUCUCGACUGCGUUUCGAGACUGCGCUGUGCACCAGCUGCACGCCCAGAUUCCUUUCCAGCAGCUGCGCCGCGAGACAUGGAUGCACUGGACCUUUGACGUCGCGCGCCUCGUGGCGUCAGGCUUUCCAAGCCAAGCGCUUCGAACGCUCGACUCGAUCGUCCUCUGUGGGUCCUGGAAGCUCCGGCGCAUUUUCACGAUGAAGGACCCGCCAAUGAGCGCUGCCGCUGCCUUUGCAUCGGGUCUCUGCCCGUACACCCACGACGCGUUGACUCAGUGGCUCUGUAGAUGA